UAUGUAAUAACCCUAUAGAAGACCACAAACAUUCUACAGAUGCAGAAUUAACACAGACAUCAUGGAUACGAAUUGCUACUCAUGCUAAUUCUGAACCUACGCCUUCAGUUGAUUCCCAAAAAUCUACUAAGUUUCCAUCAAAUUGCAUAAAUGAUUCAGUAUCAUAUAGAUCAAUCCCUCUCUUGUACUUAAUUAAUUCAGCUAAAAUAGAGAAUGUAGUGCAAAAGAAAGAAUCAUUAACAGUUGCUCCCAUUCAUUCUAACAUGAUUCGAUACGUUUUUUUAUUUUUUCUUCAAACUCAAAGUCUUGAUAGCAUUCAAAUAUCUUCAUCAUAUACCCGAAAUAAUGAAGAACUUCAUCUAGUCGAGCAGUAUCUUUUUGUAACUUGCUUAAAAAGCCACAAAGGGGAUAUAAAAGCUCUUAUACCGUCACAUAAUACUGAUCAAUUAUUUGCUAGUACAGAUGGAAUGCCUUCUGUUCGAAUGACAUCAUCAUGA